AGCUGUCCGGGUGGUGCGGGCAGAUUUGCCCGCGCUUGUUCGCUUUCAUUCCAUUCGGUUGCCGUCGCGAUAGAUUUUAAAUCUGACACAGGGACCGGGUCGGUGAGAUCUGGCCUCUUGACCCAGAGCUGAGUGUGAAACCGAAAGCGCUGCGCUCAGCUAACGGCGAUGGAGAGUGCGCGCUGGCUCGCCCCGGGCGCGCCCAGCCGGAGCACCGCCCGCGCCCGCCCCCGCCCCCGCCCCCGGGGACUCUUGUAAGUUUCGAUUCUCCCCGGAGCAGUCCCGCGGCGCAGCCAGCCCAGCGCAGAGCGCCAUGGCGGACCCGGAGGUAUGCUGCUUCAUCACCAAAAUCUUGUGCGCCCACGGGGGCCGCAUGUCCCUGGACGCGCUACUCGACGAGAUCGCGCUCCCCGAGGCGCAGCUCUGCGAGGUGCUGGACGCGGCCGGGCCCGAUCGCUUCGUGGUGUUGGAGACCGGCGGCAAGGCCGGGGUCACCCGGUCGGUGGUGGCUACCACUCGAGCCCGGGUCUGCCGUCGCAAGUUCUGCCAGAGACCCUGUGAAAACCUGCACCUCUGCAAGCUCAACCUGCUGGACCGGUGCCACUAUUCGCAGUCGGAUCGGAAUUUAUGCAAAUAUUCUCACGAUGUCCUCUCAGAAGAUAACUUUAGAAUCCUGAAAAAUCAUGAGCUCUCUGGUCUCAACAAAGAGGAAUUAGCAGUGCUCCUCGUCCAAAGUGACCCUUUUUUUAUGCCUGAGAUAUGCAAAGGUUAUAAGGGAGAGGGGCGAAGACAGAUUUGCAACCAGCAGCCACCGUGUGAAAGGCUCCACAUCUGCGAGCACUUUACCCGAGGGAAUUGCGGUUAUGCCAACUGCCUCAGGUCCCAUAACCUGAUGGACAGAAAGGUGCUGGCAAUCAUGAGGGAACAUGGACUGAGCCGGGACGUGGUCCAGAACAUUCAGGACAUCUGUAACAGCAAGCACAGCCGAAAGAAACCCCCUGGGUUGAGAGGUCCUGCCUCAUAUCGUAGAGAUACAGCAUACAGAGGUAGAAGCAAGAGUAGAGACCGAUUAGUUGACAGCAGUCUAGAGUUUCUUCCAUCUGCUUCAGCUUCUACUGAGAGGUCCUGCACUCCCAGUCCAGAUCAAAUCAGCUGCAAGGCUUCCCUGGAUGAUGUGCCUGUAGAGGAUCUCACCCACAAGUUCACGCAUUUGGGAAGUCAGGAUUGCCCUCAGCCUGCCUCAGUCUCACUUAAGUCUUCCAGUCUUGGAGGAGCAGGUCAAGUGGGAGGAAACCAGAGGUUUUCAGAGAAUGGGAGUGCAGAGGGUCUCUUUUCUGGGAAUCGAGGCAGCACCUACCUCACUUCUGAUUCAACACCAGCUUCCAUCUGGAAGGGCCCCACAUCCCAGCUGACUAACGAAAACAUCAGUACAGAGAUUUUGUUUUCUCGGAGUCAAGCUGCCUCACGCUCUCCUCUUGGUUCUCCACAAAUACCAGAAAUCAUAACCACCAGAAAGAGCACGGGCGUGUUUUCCUGGGAUGACAAGGGCAGAAGUGGGGGUCAAGAUGUCCAGCAUUUCCCACUUUUUAAUAAUAAUGUUGAUGGAAUGGCCACAGAUGUAACUUCCACGACAUCUUUCAAUUACAAAACCACAACCAGCGGACAGAGAGCAAAAUCAUUAUCUAGGAAUCAAGACACUGGAACUACUCACAGUAAUCUCCAGACCCCUGGCAAAAUUACAGAUGACUAUGAUUCAGGAGUGUUAUCUGUUAGCGAUAAAUAUAGAGAUACGAUAUUUUGGGCUAAUAAAUCUGUCCGUAACACGCCAAAUGGCUCUAGUAAAGUUACAGAUAAAACUAGUGAUAUAGAUAGAACUGGUGCCACUGGUUUUGGCUUAACAUCAGCAGUGAGAGGGGAUAAAGACGUGUUAGGCUCUGGAAGUCAGAGUCUGAGAACCCAGGUCCUGUCCACACCUGGGAAGACCACUGCCCCUGUGCAAGUCAGCACUCUGCCCAAGGUGCCACCUUCUACACCUUCUUCAAGCAACAGAGCUGCAGCCUAUGGGACCCAUGGUCAGAACUCUGCCAAAAUCACUGUUACUCCUGCUAAUGAGCUUACAAGGAGGACCCCAGGCUGUGCUCCAAAUUCUGUAUCUGAUGUUGCAAGUACCACAUCUUCCAGGAUGGAUGAUCAUGGCUCACAGGAAAUUUGUCUUGACCAUCUGUAUAAGGGUUGUCAACUUGAAAGCUGCAACAAAGUUCACUUCCACCUGCCCUACCGGUGGCAGAUGUUAAUUGCAAACACCUGGACGGACUUCCAGCUCAUGGAGAAUAUUGAGAAGGCCUACUGUGACCCCAAAAUCUGCAUCAUUCCUAUUGGAAAUCAGAUAAUCAACUUCCAGACAAUGACUUGUGGUUUUAAUCCCAUCCGACGUAUCUCCACACCUUCAUCUGUCACAAUGCCAGCUGAUUCUGUCUUCACCACAAAAUGGAUUUGGUAUUGGAAGAAUAAAUCGGACAAAUGGGUUCAAUAUGGGGAGAAGACAGACAAUCCGCAAGUUUCGAGCAUCGACUCUUCAUACCUGGAAUCGUUCUUUCAGUGCUGUCCGAGAGGAGUGGUGCCAUUUCACGCGGGUUCACGGCACUACGAGCUGAGUUUCCAAGGGAUGAUUCAGACAAACAUAGCUUCCAAGACCCAAAAGGAUGUCGUCAGAAGGCCAACAUUUGUGUCUUACUGGGAUGUGGAGCGGAUUAAAAGUAGGCCAGACCGUCGACCAGUGCAGACCCAAUUAGAGCCUUUAACCUCGACAUUUCAUCCUCAGUUGGACAUGGGCUGCCCAUCCUCGAAUGGAUAUGAGUUGUUUGAGAUUCGUAACCAGUAUCCAGGGUAUGCCGAAAUAAGUGAACGUUUUAAAGCUUCCAUGAAACAUUUCAAGAUUGAAAAGAUAAAGAAGAUCCGGAAUAUAAAGCUCUGGAAUACCUUUGAAAGGAAAAAAAUGAAGAUGAAUAGAAACGAAGAAAUCCUAUUUUAUGCAACGGGUCGCGCUUAUGUAGAGUCUAUCUGUGCGAAUAAUUUUGACUGGAACUUACAUGGAACUUCUGAAACCAAAUAUGGACAAGGAAAUUACUUCACAAAAGAUGCCAUCAAUUCCCAUAAAAAUUACCCAGGUGACCCCAAGGACAUCGUUAUGUUUGCAGCCCGAGUUCUGGUUGGAGAUUUUAUUGAAGGAAAUGCAAGUUACACAAGCCCUCCUCCACCGUAUCACAGCUGUGUGGAUACAAGUUGUAAUCCUUCCGUUUUUGUCAUCUUUCAGAAAGAUCAGAUUUAUCCAGAAUAUGUGAUUGAAUAUACCGAAACAGACAAAGCCUGCGUGAUUUGUUAGAAACGAUGAAUACAGCAUCGUAAAGGAUGCCAUAACCACUCUGUUCACUUAUGGAACCAGAUUGCCCCAGUAGUUGAACUUUUACAUUUCCUCGCCCAGUUAUCCAAUGCCUUAGAUCAGUGGUUCCCAAACUUUGCU